UUUUUAUUCAUCUGUAUUUGAUGUAUUAUUGUGCUGUACUUUUUUUUUUUAGCUAUGGGAGGACAAAGGUCUCGACCUGUUAACACUCCAAAGAUUUUAAGUGAAGAAUGGAGGAAAAUACAGUGGGAUGGUAAAGAGAAUGAUCUGCAGUACAUAAAGAAUUACCAGCCUCAUAAAAAUGACCUCCAGCACCUCAGAAUUCUUCUCCAUGGACCCACUGGUGCUGGCAAGUCCAGCUUCAUCAACUCCGUUGACGCUCUUUCACAAGGCAGAAUGACCAGUCGAGCUUUGGCAGAUGCAAUUUCUGGGACCAGCUUCACGAAAAAACGCUCCUAGCCUGUGGUCUGUUCUAGCAUGGCAGACCACAGCCACGACUGCUUCUACGUGACCAGACCAGAAAUGUUUUAUCCUUUUGUCUUCACUGACAUUAUGGGCCUUCAGAAGAACACAGAAGGAGGAGCUGGGGUGGGAGACAUCAAAUUGGCCAUGAAGGGACAUGUGAAGGAUGGUUACAAGUUCAGAGGUGAAUGUCCAUUAUCUGAGGAUGAUCGUGACUACAAUGAAGGGCCCACUCUAAAUGACAAAGUUCAUGUUCUGGUUUGUGUGAUUUGUGCCAGCACAGUAAAUAUCCUGAGUGAUGAAAUAAUUCGAAAAAUGAGGGAUGUCAGACUUGCAGCCAGUGACAUGGGGAUUCCCCAAAUGGCAAUUCUUACCCAUAUUGAUGAAGCCUGUCCAGAAGUCAAAGCAGAUAUAAGAAAUGUGUAUAAGAGCUCAUACCUGAAGGAGCAGAUGGAGAAAGUGACUGUUUCACUGGGUAUUCCACUGUACUGCAUCUUUCCCGUGAAGAACUACCACUCAGAAAUUCACAUAGAUGACAACAUUGACACACUGAUACUGAGUGCACUGAAGCAGAUGAUCUACUUUGGAGAGGACUUUGUCAACAACCUGAAGACCUGCUGAACCUUGUUUAUUGCAGCAUGAAAAAUGGCUUCUUUUGCAAAUUCGCGUAUCUAAAUUUCUGUAUUUCCUUUGUAGACUUUCUCAUAUUUUCUUUUGUUUUGCUCUUGUAUCUAUUAACUUUUCAAUAGCAUCUAAAUACGUAAUCUUGAACUAUAGAACAUUCAGCUACAGUGCUGCUGUCCAUGUAAAACCACAAUAAAUCAUAGAAAUAAUGAAAUUUGUUAGUUUUCUUUUGCUCCCUCUCCUUGUAGUAUAAUCUCUGAAAAUGACUGUGAUAGGGUGCGGCUGGAGCUCAGGAGAGUUGGAGCAGAGCCAUUCAGAGAGUUUAUGGCACACAGUCAUUACAUGGCCUUGCCACAACUUAUCUCUCCGAGUUGCUGCACUUGCAUACUCCUUCCCGGUCACUCAGAUCAGCUGACCAACUGCACCUUGAUGUGCCGAGGACACAGCGGAGGCUCAGAGGAGACAGAGCCUUUGCUGUGGCAGCUCCUAAACUCUGGAAUUCAUUGCCAUGAGGCAUUAAGCAGGCCUCGUCACUGGCAAUUUUAAAUCUGCUCUUAAGACCUAUCUUUUUCAUUUGACCUUUUACUAGUAUGAGCUGCUGUUUUGUUUUGAUUUUAUUUACUUAUUUUUUAGGACAAACUGUGUAUUUUAUUGUUAUUUAUUUUAUUUUAUCUAUGUACAUUUUUUUAAAUUACUGUUUUAAAUUUGAUCUUUUCUUGUCCUGAUGUGUUGUAUGCACAGCACUUUUGUCAGUGAUUUAAGUGCU